GCCAUGGAGGCAGAUAUUGCAGUUCAAAUUCUUACUCAAAAUAAAACAUUUGUAGAAGAAAAUGUUGAAAUAAAAACAUUAAUUGGUGACGAAGAUUCGUGCACUAUUGCUAAUUUACGCAGGGCAUCUGAUCAUGCAAUUGACAAGUGGACGGAUAUCAAUCAUGCAACAAGAAAAAUUUCAAAACUUUUGUAUGCUGUUAAAAAAAUUCCAAAAGCUGCAAUUGAGUAUUUAAUAUAUUGUUUUAAUAGUGCUCUUCGAGGUAAUGACGGUAACGUUGAAUUGACAAAGGCAGCAAUAUUAAAUAUUGUACCACAUGCUUUCGGGGAACACGAUGCAUGUGGUUUAUGGUGUAACUAUGCAAGUGAUCCUGAAGGUUUUAAACAUAAAUAUCUUCCAGGUGGUAAGCCUUUAACUGGUGAUGAGUUAAAAGCUAGUAUCACGCCAAUUUUUAAACAAGCCGCAGAUAAUGCAGAAAAGUUAGCUCCACGCGGAUCAAGUCAGAUUAAUGAAAACUGUAAUGCUGUGAUAACGACUAAAGCAACAAAAGCAAAACACUACAGUGAUUCUAGUUCCAGUGAUUUUCGUGUAGCUGCAGGUAUAAGUCAAGUAAACUUGGGCACAAGUUAUUUAAAUACAGUAAAUACCAAAUUAGGCUUAUCUCCAAUGAAAGCUAACUCAUUGCUUUUUCGAAAAAAUCGAGAUGAAAGAAGAAAAAAAAGAAAUGCCCUCAUUAAAACUAAAGAAUUCAAGAAAAAACGCCGUGCCCUUUUUCGAAAUCGACAGAAAUCAAAUGCAUCCGCUGAAGCUCGUGAAGGUAUUACUUAUCAAAGUAACAGUGAAAUAAGUGCUAGUCUUGAAUUAAAUGAAAAAUUCAUCUCUAGCAAUGCUCUAACCGUUGAUGGAAGCACAAAACUUGUCAUCUUUGAUAUUGAGACUACCGGAUUAAAAUUAACUGACCAGAUAGUUCAAAUCGCUGCACAAUGUCAUGAUAAAAAAUAUAAUGCAUAUAUAAUGCCAUCUUGUAACUUUUCGGCUGAAACAUCUAAAAUUACCGGACUCACUGUAAUGUAUGAUCAACUACAUAAAAAUGCUGUUCACAUACAAACAGUUUCACCAAAGCGUGCUAUUACUGAAUUAAUUGCAUUUUUUAAAUCUAUCAGUUCUACUGUCGUGUUAGCAGCUCACAAUGGACUCAGGUUUGAUGUACCUAGGAUUCUAAUUUUUGUACAACAAGUUAAUUUGCUGGAAAAGUUUCAAUGUAUUGUGAUAGGUUUUACGGAUACAUUAAAUUUUUUAAAAAAGCAUUUAAAUGAGAGGCGUAAUUAAAAAAAAAGUUUCGCUCAAUCUGCUUUGGCUGAAGAUUAUCUAGGUUCA